GUAGGUCGGAUAUCCUUAGUUUAACUACAAGGAAACUGAAGAUUUUUUGUAAAAAUGAAUCUUUCAAACUGGACACAUUUAGACUUUGCUGAGCAGCAAAAUAACGAAUCGCAUACUAGAAUGGCGUCUAUGGUGGUCCCAUCAGUGAUGUUUACAGCAGGGGUACUUGGAAACAGUUUAGCUCUUCUGGUGUUGUAUAGUUCCCGCAAAGAACAAAAGCAAUCCGUAUUCUAUCGCCUUGUAGGAGCUCUAGCAAUCACAGACCUGUUUGGAACGUGUGCCACUUCGCCCGUUAUUUUGUUAGUAUACGCCAAUGGACUGAAAUGGCAGGGUGGACAACCGUUGUGCAAUUAUGCUUCGUUCAUGAUGAUAUUUGCAGGACUAUCAACUAUGUUCAUCUUGGCAGCCAUGGCAUUUGACAGAUACCUAGCCCUAAAUCGUCCGUAUUUCUACAGUUCUCAUGUAAAUCCUACCCGAGUCAAGUACAUAUUCCUCAUUUUACUGACCGCCGCCCUGAUCAUGGGUUGUCUCCCUCUGAUUGGGGUCGGGGAUAAUGUUCAUCAUUUCCCGGGAACGUGGUGUUUCUUUGACUAUUAUGGGUCAACAGUACGUGUGAAGUCGUUCGCCAUUCUUUACAGUUUGUUAGGACUUACUGUCCUCACCAUUAUUAUUAUACUGAACUUUGUGGUUCUCAAAACUGUCUGGUCACUUCAUCGUAAGGCAUGCGAGAUUCAGAUGGUGGUCUUUUUGAUUGGGAUUCUAACCGUCAUUUGUGUGUGCUGGGCGCCGCUUAUGAUUCGAGUGUUUUUAAUACAGACGGGCUUCAAAGAAAAGGAUGUCAUCCAGGACCUAAUUUUCAUCCGAAUGGCUUCAUUUAAUCAAAUAUUGGACCCAUGGGUGUAUAUUUUAUUCCGUAAAACUUUAUUCACGAGACUAGUUCAAUUUAUCAAAGUUCAUUUAUGUUUACCGAAAAAACAAUUUGAUUCCAAACGGCCAAGCAUGCAAGAUUCAGAAGAGAUAAAGCGGUUGAAGCAAACAGACGUAGAACAGUACUGCAGGGAGGCAAAUGACCCAUAUUGCUAUGAAUCCACGGGGAGGGUACCUACCUGUGAGGAUUGCUGAGGUUCGGGAAUCAAGCGUUGACACUUAUUGCUCUAGAGCAUAAAACGGGGACGUGCAUGUUUUUGCACUGAAAGCUCAGGAAGUCGGAACGUUGUCCACCACACAUGUGUUCAUGAGUGACAUUUCAAAAAUUGGCAGAAAAACAUUUGAUUUAAUG